UUUUCCAUCACCGUAAAACUCCUUCAACCCCAAAGGGCCACAGAUUUCCUACGUGCAGCCGGACAUGAAUCUCCACUCUCCGUUAUUACACGGGGAUCGGCGCUUACAGUGAGGAACAGAAGCAUGGCCCAAACAAGAAUAUGUUUAGUCGUGUUUUUCAGUACUGCCCAUCUUUUCUGUACUGUAAAGGCUCAAUAUGAGAAAUACAGCUUCAAAAGCUUUCCAGCGAACGACCUCAUGCCGCUGGAGUCUGCGUACGGACACGCGUUAGAGAUGUACGCUGCUCAGGACUGGAAGCAGAGCGCUGAAUAUCUGGAGCUGAGCCUGCGGCUUCAUCGGCUGCUGAAGGACAGCGAAGCGCACUGCAGUCAGAACUGCAGCGCUGCGGGCCGGGAACAUGAGGAGAACAACACCGAAACUACCCUCUUGAUCAUGGGGCACAUCAUAAUGCGAGCUGCAUGCCUGAAAAGGUGCAAAACAAACUUUCCCGUGUUUUCUAAAUCAUAUCCUAAGCGAGAGACUUUGGGUGCUUUCGAACAGAGGAUACCCUACCGGUACCUUCAGUACGUCUACUACCAGAUGAAUGAGUUGGAGAGAGCGGUUUCGGCAGCACACACAUAUCUAGAGCGAAACCCUGAGGACCCCCUUCUAUCUAGGAGUCUUAACUACUAUAAAAGCCUGUUUGACACAGAGGAGUACCUCGUAGACCAUGAGGAGAAGCCCUGUGAGGCUUUAUUCCUGAAGGCUGUAAAGCUGUAUAAUUCGGGGGAUUUUAGCAGCAGUGCUCGAGACAUGGAGCUGGCGGCUGCUGAGUAUUUUAAAACAUUCAACACGUGUUUGAUGUCCUGUGAGGGGUCAUACGAUGUGCAGGAGUUUAAAGACUUCUACCCCACCUUAGCCGAUUAUUAG